AUUUUUCUCUUCUCUCAAGAAAUCAGCUGUUAUUAACCCUCAAGAAUGAGACAAAACGAGGAAAACUCCGAGGAAGAGUUCGUAGAGAUUGAUCCCACUGGUCGUUAUGGACGAUAUAAUGAAGUUCUAGGCAAAGGAGCUUUCAAACACGUAUACAGAGCAUUUGAUCAACUGGAAGGAAUCGAAGUGGCUUGGAACCAAGUUAAGCUAGACGAUAAACUCUGUAGCUCAGAGGAUUUAGAUCGUCUUUACUCUGAAGUUCACUUACUCAAAACCCUUAAACACAAAAGCAUCAUCAAAUUCUACACUUCUUGGAUCGAUCACCAACACAUGACCAUCAAUCUCAUCACCGAAGUCUUCACUUCCGGAAAUCUUAGACAGUACCGGAAGAAGCACAAGUGUGUUGAUCUAAGAGCACUAAAGAAAUGGUCAAGGCAGAUUCUAGAAGGGCUUGUUUAUCUUCAUAGUCAUGAUCCUCCUGUGAUCCAUAGAGAUCUUAAAUGCGAUAACAUAUUGAUCAAUGGUAACCAAGGUGAGGUUAAAAUUGGAGAUCUCGGGCUUGCAGCCAUUCUGCAUCGUGCUCGCUCAGCUCAUAGCGUCAUUGGUACUCCUGAAUUUAUGGCGCCUGAACUCUAUGAAGAGGACUACAAUGUACUUGUCGAUAUAUACGCCUUUGGAAUGUGUUUGCUUGAGCUUGUAACUUUUGAGUACCCGUAUGUCGAAUGUACAAAUGCAGCUCAGAUUUAUAAGAAAGUUACAUCGGGAAUCAAACCAGCCUCACUUGCAAAAGUUACUGAUCCGCAAGUGAAAACAUUCAUAGAGAAGUGUAUCGCAAAGGUCUCAGAACGCUUGUCAGCCAAGGAACUACUUGAUGAUCCUUUUCUGAAAUGCUACAAGGAAAAGACCGAAAGUGUCACAUCUUACAAAGAAAACGGAUGCAAUGGAAGAAAAAUUGAAGAUAAACCCUCAGAUUCUGCGGUAGGUUUAUUAACCGUAGAAGGUCAACGUAAAGACCUCAACACAAUCUUCCUAAAACUACGUAUCACCGAUUCCAAAGGUCAAAUCCGUAAUAUACACUUCCCAUUUAACAUAGAGACGGACACAUCUUUCUCAGUAGCCAUCGAAAUGGUCGAGGAACUAGACCUAACCGAUGAUCAAGACAUCUCGACGAUCGCUAAAAUGAUUGACGCAGAGAUACAUUCACACAUUCCCGAUUGGAUCCCUUCUGGUCUUAACGGAGAUUAUUCAACCAUGCAAAGAUGUUUAUCUUCUCCUGAUUCGCUGCGUUUAGAUAGAUUUCCCUCAGGGAGAAAAGUCUGGUCGUCUCCUAAAGCUGGAGAUUCACGUUCACCGUUCGCUCAACGUUCUAAUUCUAAGCUUUCGUCGCCAUCGAAAGGACGCAUCAAUGAUAAAGAAGUUGGGAUUGUAGUUGAGAAACUUGAGUCUUUAUUGAGGAAACAGAGAGAGGAGAUUGAAAAGAUGCAUCGAGAUCAAGAACGUGUUGUUUGUGAGUUUUUGAAAGAGUUUCCUCCUGAGAUCUGCGAAGAGGCUUUGCUCAGAUUGCAAGCCAUGGAUUCUGACAGCUUACUGUGUUAAAUUCGUUUGUUACAACAUGAGUACAUCUCUAUCUAUUUGGUUUGUAAUAUUAUGUUAUACUCCCUCUGUUUUUUUAUAUAUGACGAUUGACGCUUUA